GUGAUUUUUUUUUUCUUACUCUUUUUUAUGCUGUUGACUUCUUUCCGUCGAUAUCUUUCCAUUUUACUUCUUUUGUUGAUACAUAAAUAUAGAUCAAAUAUAAUUUUCCCUUAUGAAAGUGUAUAGAGCAGAGACUGGUCGACCUAUACAAUGGCAUUUCGACAAAAGCAGUAUUAAAACACGAUUUAAAACAAGCUUUCGAAGCUGAUUGCGGUGUUUUCGUUGAGGAUCAAAUUCUUAUGACAAGUUUUGGAAAAUUAGUUCGACAACAGAAUUUGAAGGACAUACUUGAAUCAACCGGCAAAGAUGAAUACAUUAUAUUUUGUUAUGAUCGUAGAUAUUUGAAUGCCACUGAUGAAGAUAUUGAAGCCUUAUUAGAUUUAGAAUCUCCAUUGCUUGACCCAAAACAGCCUAUUCCGUCACCAUUUGAAGGUGAUAAAGGUGCAGCUACGCUAUCACAGCUGAAGGCAUCUACGUCAUUAAAGAGGACGUCAGUGACAGAUGCCUGCAAUGCAUUCAUAUCAUUGUUUUCGAACUUUGAUUCCUAUUGUCAGUCUCUCACAAAAGCAGUAAACUCCUAUACCCAACUCUCAUCUUCUAUCAUUCAGGAACAAAAAUUGCAAAGUAUGGCACUCAACGUUGCUAUGACUAAUUUAGAAGACCAUCGGAAGUUAUCAGAAGUUUGUAUCAAAUCCUUUGUGGCUACUGCAGAAAAAGAACUAUAUAGGCAGACAUUAUUGCUUAGUUCCGUGGAUAAUGAUUUGACUAUUUUAAGGCAUGUUAAGAUUCAUCCCAGUAUAGCAAAUUAUUUACUACCCUCACCAUCGUCUUCGAAUAAGCAAGUGAAAGAAGAGAAAUCUUUAUACCGUUUUAUUGAUCAAGAUCAUAUAUAUCAAGUCAAAAAAGAUACGGCUGAGUUAUGCGACUAUUUGGAAUAUCAUAUCAGCGUGCUAAAAGAUGAGAUGCUAAAGUUGCAGUUGGAUGAACAGGAGUUCCGUGAACAGAUAGCAAAUCAAAGUGAAAGACUGUACGAAUUGGAUAGUAUUUUAGCUGAUAUACGUAUUUUACAACAGAAGCUAAUGUAUUUACGAGAUAAAACAAAGAGAGAUCUGAAAAGAGUCUAUGAUAAGAUGAGCCGUAUAUUGGACAAACCUAUAUCUGCUUUGUUUGCCUCUUUAUCAAUUCACGAUAACAAUAUCAAUUAUGCCGCUUCCAUCAGCUCAGCCUCAAGUAAUAAUACAAAUACAAAUACAGCCACUAAUACUAAUAGUGCUGCCACAGCAAGUAUUAUGUCAUCAUCAUCAGCGUCAUCAACCAACCAUAAUACUACGCCAUCUGCAUCUACUCUCACUGCUAUCAACAACUCUUGCUUAGUUGAUAAUGGUAGCAACCGGCAUGCAUCGCUAUCCAUGUCUCCCUCUUCAGCAAAACGGAUAUUAGAUGCGUUCUAUCACCUGGCAGAAAUCCAUAUCAAAGACUAUAUACCGAAAAUGGCCGCUUAUGAACAGACGCUUCGAGAGAAAACGAAAGCCUUGAUUGGAUCUAAACGACACUCUAUUGCCAUGUUUAUUCGUAACAUGGCAGUUGUGUCCGAAUUUCAACGACAUGCAGGGACUAUUCAACCUACCGUAGACGAACAUUUUCACUAUCUCAAUGAAUUCAAGCGGAAAUACGAUAACAAAGAUGAUCGUAGUAAAAUGGACCUGGAAUAUGUCCGAAACACUUUAUUCUCUUAUGGAGCUCUUAUGAUUGAAUUGGUACGCCGAAAGGAAUACCAUACUCUGCUAGUAUCUAAUUCAAACUUGCUAGCAGAUGUUUUAGCUCAAUACCGAACAGAGGAAGAAAAUAGAAGGACCUAUUUCAGACACAAAAUCACUAAAUUACUGACGCCUUUUAAUGUAUCAAAACUACUGGAAAAUGACCCUCCUUCUCAAUGCGAUAUAAAUGUCAUUCAUGGAAUACCCUUAGUUGCAGACAAUGAAAAUGAAACACAAGAAACAGAACAAUCGAAAAGGAAGCAAUAUCUUCAACAGUUGAACAAACGGGAUAUAGCCGACUUCAUUUCUAUUAUUACUCAAGUAUAUUCCAACUCUCCGCAAUGGACGAACAGUGCUCGCAAUAAAAGCAGAGGUUCCAAUAGAUCAGAAGCCACAAUUACGGCAGCCACGAAGCGAGACUCAGACAGUGAAGCAGAGGAUGAGGAUAAUGAUGAGGAUGAAGAAGGAAAACCGUUAGAAUUACUACAGCUGAUUAACAGAAUGGUCCAACAAGUGGACGAAAUGGGCUAUCAAUUCUUAUCAUCAAUCAAGGAGCAAUUUUUUAACAGCCAACAGCAGCAAUUUUCAAUUCAACUGAAACCUUCCAUUAUAAUCAAUGCCGCCGGUAAUGUACAGGAAGAGGAAGCUCAGCCAAACCAACUCCAUGCUAUCAUUCAGCAAAAACAUGUCACGCCGUCUACGUCUUCUUCUUCCCAGUUUUCCGUUCUCGACAAUGAAAAUGCAAACGAUGACGAUCAUUCGGAAAACCUACUCAAAGCUGAAAACAGAGAACUCAAAUACAAGCUGGAGCAGGCGGAAGAAGAUGUAAUUCUCCUUGAGCAAAAACAGCAAGAACAAGCCGAUGAAAUAACGCGACUCAAUGAUUUAAUCAAGUCCCUUGAGAAUGAAAAGGAUGAAUUCGAAUCUCAUCGUCGCAGCUUUUUGAACGAACUUAAAAACAAGGAUAAAUCAGCUGACUUUCGCAUUCAAAGCGCUGAAGAGGAUUUCCGAGCAAAGAUCAACGAUUUACAAUACGAGCUGGAAGAGGAGAGACACAUGAAGAAGAAUUUGGAAAUUGAGCAUACUUCUGAGUUAAAAACAGUAAAGGCAGCUCACGAGCAAGAAAUAGAAAAGAUAAAGCAGGAGGCACAACAGCAGAUUGAACAGCUUAAAGAAGAAUUAGAUCAAUUGAAGCAUGAAAAAGAGAAGGAGAAACAAAAUAAUAAAACGGAAGUAGACAAGCUACUUAAUGCUUUAGAAGAGAAGCAUAAGGCAUUGGAGGCAAUCAAAGGGCUACAGCAGCAAACACGGGAGAUGGUAAAGCGUGCCCAAGAUGAUUGGGAAUUCAAAGAUGAAGAACUGAAGCAAAUCAAACAAGCGAAGCAGCUAGUAGACUCCGCAAUCUAUGACCUGUUGAGGCGAUUUAGAACCUCGGAAGAUGGUGACAUGAAUAUGAUAAAGACAGAAGAAGAAGCAGGUGGAGCAUUAGCAGCAGCCGAGCACCUAGAAUCUUAUAUCCGACAAUUUCAAGAAAAUUUAGAACACUUUGAACAUCAAUAUGACAUGACCAAACAGCAUUUAGAAGAAGUAACCCAUGAGCUUGCUGAAGUUACCGAGGGUUACACCAAUCUAAUUGAUCAACAUAAUGAAUGGCGGACGAUUGCAAGUCGAAUGGCUGAGCGUCUAGAAGAUUAUCGUAAACAUGUCAUAUUUGAAUUUGUGAAUCAGCUUCAGUUACCUAUGGAAGAGGAGGAGCUAAACGUGUUGCAGAAGAAAUUAGUUCCUUAUGAUGAUGACACUAUCGUUUGGAAUCAGGUUUUGCAACUUUCUACCGCUAUCCAUCUGCAAAAGUUUGUUUUGCGUGUGAUGCGCAAGAUGAAAGAUACUGAUAAGAUUGCUAUUCACCACUUCAAAGUAGGAGAUGUAGCUUUGUUUUUGCCUGCGAGAAAAGACAGUAAUAGCAACAAAGAUACAGUGGCGUCACAACAUCCUUGGGCCGCUUUCAAUAUCAAUUCGCCCCACUAUUUUUUGAAGGACACUAACAAUGUCAAUCCUUUAUUAUUCCAAAGAGAAUAUAAAGAGUAUUUCAUCGCAAGAAUCACGGCAAUCGAAGAAAACAUCACUGUGGCUGGUCAACCGGAAACGAAUCCUUUUAAUUUGGGAGACAACGUGAAAUAUCAUUUAGUGGAAGUCGAACAUUGGAGGAAAGCAUCUUCAAGUAGCAGCAGUAGCUCAACAGCACUAACGAGCAACAGUUUGAGUAAAAAGCGGCAGACAGUCCAUGAUAAUGGAUUGGCUUCGAUUACUCGCAGCCAUAGUGAUACCACGACAGGAGGUGGCAACCUGGAGGACGAUCGGCCAGCUCAUUUACAGAAAAGACUGUCGCUUGGAGGAACGACCGUGCACAGUUAUAGUGCGGGACAAUCUAUAAAUUAAAAAAGAAAAAAAAGGCCAGUUCUGGCUUUUCCCUUUCCUUAAUUUUUUUUUUUUUUUUCAAUCUUACUGCAUUCUUAUUUAUUUUCCUUACUCUUUACCCUUUUGUACUUCAUAUUAAUAUGCUCCCUUCAUUAGGUUUAUUCAAAAAUAUACCCUGUCCAAUUUAC